GCAGCUGAUUCCCCCAAGUGGCCAGCUGUCGGCUCUAAAGACGUCAGGCGUGUAUUCGGCAUCUGCGGCUGGACGGUGAGGACUGUCGUAUACUCGUUUGUGUAACCGCCGGAGCCCGAUAAUAAACCUACCACGGCCACCGUCUCUUCUCGGCCCGGCAUUUCCUUCGACCGGAUCUUGGAAGUAGAGGCUCGAGCCAGCCAGUGAGUGCAUCAUGGAACAGUCGCGAGACCAGCCGGCCGUUCCAGUGGCGCCCAUUGUCGAGACCAAGUCCAAGAAACGCAGCCGCGCAGAGACGGACGCCCCUUCGCCAACAGACGUCGUCGCACAGGCAGCACUCCCGGUUGCAACGACGGCAACGCCACGGCCCGUCCCGGAUCACGCAUCGCGGAGCAGCGCGGACGAUGUCGGUAGCUGGCGCAACGUGCCGCUCGAACCUCCCUUCUCGGUCACCGGGCGUGAGUCCGCUACAGCCAACGACAGCGCCUCUAUCCUCUCCAUGCCGGACAGCGCUUUCUCUGAGGGUUGCUCAUCAUCGACCUCCGUGCCCAGCUAUCCUGCCGGACCACGCGGGAGCCUCUCGCCGCCUUACAUGUUCUCCGGUCCCCACCAACCUCCUCAAACCUCAGCACGGCCGGCGGACAACGGCGACGAUGGAGCGGACGACGCUGAUGAUCGGAGGGAAGAUGAAGAGGAGGAGGAUGUGGAGCAAGCCGCCACAGAACAGGCGGAAGAAGGCAGCAUCAUUGUCGAUGACGACGAUCUGGCCACGGACGAUGGCUACGGAACGGACAUGAACACAUCGGCGACGACGUCGCUUGCCGAGAGCGUGCGCGACUACAUCUACGAGAACGGGCGCCGCUAUCACCGGUUCCGCGAGGGACGGUAUAACUUCCCGAAUGACGAUGUCGAGCAGCAGCGCGAAGACAUGAAGCAUGCCAUGGUCAAGAUGCUUUGUGGCCAGUUGCACUUCGCGCCCAUCGGCGAUAACCCGCACCAGAUCCUCGAUAUCGGGACAGGGACGGGCAUCUGGGCGAUCGAGAUGGGAGACCAGUUUCCGACCGCAAGCAUCCUCGGGGUCGACCUGAGUCCCAUCCAGCCCGAGUGGGUGCCACCAAAUGUGCGGUUCAUCGUGGACGAUGUGGAGAGCCCCUGGCUUCACCCGCGCAACUACUUUGACUACAUCCACUCGCGUCACACAGUCAUGGCGAUCAAAGACUGGCCCAAGCUGAUGCGCCGAUGUCUAGAACACCUCCGCCCCGGUGGCUGGUUCGAGAUGCAAGAGGUCUACCACUACCCCAUCUCGGCCAACCGCGCCAAGCCGAUACAGCCGGACCACCCGGUGGCGCGGUACUGGUCGCUCAUCAUGGAAGGGCUCACCAACCUGGGGGUCGACUUCCACGCGGCGGCCGACGGGCGGCUGGCGGACAUGAUGCGCGAGGCCGGCUUCGUCAACGUGACGGAGCGGGUGCUGCAGAUCCCCAUCGGGACAUGGGCCAAGAACAAGGUGCUCAAGACGGUCGGGCUGUACUGGCGCACCAUCCUGAUGGACGGGAUCCAGGCCAUCGCGCUCGGCCCGCUGACGAGGGGGUGCGGCUGGACGCGGGAGCAGGUCGAGCUGUUCCUGGUCGAUGUCAGGAAGGCGUACUACGAUAACACCAUGCUGGCCUACAUGCCGUUCCACAUCGUCUACGGGCAGAAGCCGAAGGGGUACUAGUUGCAGGGUGGUCUGGGAAGGAGAAGAGAGAGAGAGAGAGAGAGAGAGAGAGAGAGAGAGAGAGAGAGAGAGAGAGAGAGAGAGAGCCGCAGCGUGCGGCGGGUGAAUCCAUUCCUAGGACGUCUCAUGGGUGAUGCAUGCGAAGCAGGAUGAUACCACUGCUAUUGUUGAUGCCGUCCGAAUGGAUCGGAUGGAUACUGCAGCAGCAAAUAGAAGAACACUUGGACAAUCAUCUCGUCUCCUCACAGAUUUAAGAACGAAAGAACGAAAAGCGGGUUAAACCGGCGCGCUGUCACUAAGUGGUUGUCCGCCGAGCA